UGAUGCACAGAGCCAUGCACGUGAAAGUCUCGAGUACUGAUUACAUCUUCCGCAAGUCUCUCGUGACAGGAUGUCAUGUUAACUAAAUAACGUGAAAUUCCGGUAAUAUUCCAUUUCACAACCUCACAACAAAAAGAACAAGACUCACGGCGAAAGAAAAAACCUCCCAGCCCCCACGGCUCUCUUUUACGCCGUGAGGACAUUAUUAUUUCUUUUGCCGUGAGGUUAUUCUUUGAGGUUAUUCGUGAGUCUUUUUCUUUUAGCCGAAAGGUUCUUCCUUUUGCCGUGAGUCGUUUUCUUUUGCGGCGAAGUUAUUUCUUUUGCCGUGACAGUUGUGGGCCAACGUAGAUAAUAGACACUACAGAAAUUCAAGUAAAUGCAAACAAAAGGUGUAGGUUUCACAUGUCACUGCAGUUUCUAGAACCACUCACUAAGUGAAGUUCAUUCAAGGGCGUUGGAGCGGAGGCCUGGAACUACUUCAAUCAUUUUACAAAAAUAAAACAUACGAUAGCCUUGGCACAGAACGUAUAGCGAAGUCACUCCGAUAUUACACGAUGUCGAUUCUCGGAGAAUUUCUCCAGAGAAUUUCUAGUGCAACAAACUUCCCACUAGAUCAGGUCAAUUUUGUAUUUUGCAUGCUGUUGUGUGCACCUCUUGGGACAAUAUUUCGAUUGCUGCUUCAUCCGAAUCGCGUUUCGCCGAACACCAGAAGGGCUGUAAGUCUUUUUUGGGGCACAAUAUGUGCUGAUAGUGUCAAUGGGCUUCAUGUCUGUUGCUCAUCUCUACAGACAAAUUACUGACUAUGGCGGUUACACUUUGGACUUUACAGGACCCCUGAUGGUUUUGGUACAAAAGAUCACUUACGUGGCAUUCAGUGUCCAUGAUGGGCUGGGAAGGGAUGAUAGCAAACUAACAGAAGAACAAAGGAAAUGCAGACUUGAGAAAGUUCCAUCUUUAUUGGAGUACUUCAGCUAUUUAUUUCACUAUAGUACAAUACUUGUUGGACCUGUCUGCACCUUUAAAGAUUUUAGCGAUUUUAUCAAUGGCUCAGACAUCAUUUCUAAGGAGUCAGGCCAGAAAGAGCCUUCACCUCUGUUUGCUGCUCUUACAAAUCUGAUGACGUCGAUGACAUGUAUAGCCUUCGUAAUUCUAACUGGAUCCAAUUACCCCAUCGCCAGGAAUGGAGAUCCUGAUUUCAUAAGUUCUAAUCCUCUACUGUGGAGACUUGCCUAUGCCUGGAUCUCAAUAGUGUCUGUGAGAAUGCGUUACUACUUCGCCUUUAAACUAGCGGAGGCAAUGAAUAACUUUUGUGGACUCGGAUUCAACGGUUUUGACGAAAAUGGAAGAGCGAGGUGGAACCGUAUGACUAUUGUGAAUAUUCUCAAGAUCGAGUUUGCAACGAGUCUGAAGGAAGUACUAGACAACUGGAAUAUCUGUACAGUCCUGUGGUUGAGAAGAAUUGUGUAUGAACGAGUUUCACAUCAUCCCACGCUGGCUGUGUUCGUCUUGUCUGCUGUGUGGCAUGGGUUCUACCCAGGAUACUACAUGGCCUUCGCAACUUGUGGACUUAUGGUUGAAGCAGCGAGGAAGGUUCGUAGAAAAUACAGGCCUCUCUUUCAAGGCUCACAUGUCUCCUCUCGUUUGUAUGACCUCGUAACGUGCGCAGUAACCAUCCUUUCUUUGACGUUUGCUUCCAUCCCAUUCGUUGGUUUGGAAGCUAGAUUUGGCUUGGAGUUUUGGCGUUCUAUGUAUUUUUAUGGAAUUGUUUGGUCCAUCAUGGCGUUUCUUCUCCUAAGUGGUGGGAAAUCCAAGACCGAAGGAAAGAAAGACAAUAAAACCGAAAAUGUGGAUGUCAGAGAUGAAGAGAAAGACAAAAAAGGCAACUCAACAGAUGAGAAUUUAACAGAGCUCCGAAACAGAGUUAAAAAGAAUAUGGAAUCAUCAAAUGAACUGUUUCGUAAGGGUACACCUAACAGCCUGCUAAAAGAGAACCUGAUUGUAGGGUCAUAGAAGAAGACACUCAAUGAAUUUUAGACAGAAUUUUAUUUAAGGAAUCUUUAAGAGCCUUAUAAAGCUUAAUUCUUAAAGGCCCCUUCACUCAGCACCGUAUGUAUAGUUUGAACUGUGGCUCAGAUUUUAGCAGGAUAUACGCGCUUCUGCGCUAGAGGUAUUACUUCUGUUGG